AUGCACAAAUGUCUUCAGAUCGCAGAGUUAUUCGAUGUCGUUUGCAAACGAGUUCUUGCAACUGGGCAUCAGGGAUCCCUCGCAGCUCUCUGUAGAACUUGCCGCCUUUUCCAUGAACCUGCUCUCGACGUACUUUAUAGAUCGCUGGAAAGUCUUCAUCCACUGCUUUUUUGCAUCCCCACAAUCGUUACCAUCGGAAAUAAGAUCACUACGUUCAAAGAGUUAUGCAUUUCGGACUGGCAGCGAAUGCAGUACUACGCCAAAAGAGUUCAUUCACUCAGGGUCAAUGACCAAGAAGAGGUAGUCAUCGACAGGACCAUCCUACAUGCACUAGCUACUUCACCCUUCGCACCUCUGAUGUUUACUCAUCUCAAACGGCUUUGGUGGUCUGAUAAUUCUGCAGAUGCCUUACCACUCCUGUGCUCCUUAGUCAACGCCAGGCUGGAAUGGCUAAUUUUGCAUGACCUGGAUCCAAUGCUUCUUCCGCAUGUUAUCCCCCACAUCAACUCUAGCAACUCUCUCCGUGUCGCAUGUUUCCCCGCGAAAUAUAGUAUGAGGCACAUAGACGUGCUCCAGAGUUGGCGUAACUUACAGAAUCUUGUCUGCGGUCUAGUCAAUGAUGCCACGCUUUAUCAUCUCGCAACAUCUUCGAAGCUUACGCAUCUAACUAUUCAAGUCGAUGAGAAGAACGACUACGGUGCCCUCAUGAAACUGGCCAGCCAACCAGUAUUUACCACCCUUCAGGGGCUCGACAUCACCGCGACUCAUACGUUACACUGCAUCCACAUUCUUGAAAUCGCCGAGCUACCAUCGCUACGCUCCCUCCGUAUUCAUUCGACGGAAACGGGCUUAACAGAUGUUGAGCUGCAUCAGUGUUUCAGCAUAAUCUCAUGUCACUGUCCAAGUCUUAGGCAUCUACGGAUGAAAGAGCUACAAGUAUCCCCACCUAAAUUCCCUGUCGGUUAUACCAUCACGUUUGAUACCAUGAAGACGCUCUUCUCCCUGUGUCAUCUGGAGGGGCUGCAUCUCGACACGACCUGCACGCUUUCCCUCAACGACAACGAUCUUGCGCAACUGGCUGGCACGUGGCUGAAAUUGCGUAUACUUGAACUGGAGACCGAGAAUGGCUGGCGGCAACCAAGCAAGAUUACUCUGCAGGGUUUUGCAGAGUUGUUGCGGCGUUGCCCAGUGUUAUCGGUAGUCGGUCUUGCUAUGAACGCCUGCGCACCGGAUAUCGACCAUCGACGACCUGGAGGAGGAAUACGCAGAAAUGGCCUAGAAACCUUACGAGUGGCUGAUUCAAAGGUCACAGGCCCAUUGUCCGUCGCAGCGUUUUUGUCAGAUGUUGCACCGAACGCUGAAAUAACGGGCUACGAGAUCGGGUCUGAGAUCGGGUUUGACAUAUAUGGGACGUUCAAUACUCGGAUGUUGUAUCGAGAGAGAUGGGAGGAGGUUUCCACGUUGCACCCUCUGCUUGUCAACUUGAGGAGGCAAGAAGGGGUAGGUUUGGGAUCGGACGAAUAA